AUGAACACAUUCAGCAACAAGGACCGCUUUCACAUUAAUCUGGACAAACGUCUUCAGGAAGGCGAUUUUUCGAACUUCACCCACAACAUUUUUGAUCUUCUGACGAGGAUUGAGAAAAAUACCAAGUUGUCGGACCGUCACCUCAAUAUCCGAUACGACGAAGACGGCUGGGAGGCGAGCUUGGGACUUACGAGCAAUGAAGCUGUGAUCACCGCCUGUUCAAAGUAUUGGAAAGAAGUAGAUCAGUCGGUUUAA